CCAGGGCUGUGGGGAACAUUUUGGCACUUGAGCUUCUCUUUGAACUUUUCCUUCCUCGCCCGAGCUGUGAACUCAUAAACCUCCGGAGACGCUGCUUCUGUAUAAAAACAUCGCCGGCGCCUCGGAAUCAUUCGCUUCUGAUCGCACUGAUACUCUGCUCUGCUCUUCGGUCUCAGUGGAUAUUUCUGUCAUGAACAUGGACGAAGCCGCGAUGAAGAUCCUCGAUAGCUGGAGUCUUCCCGAAAGCAUGUUCGUGGAGGCGCAGGUUUCGCUCCAGUCCUCCUCCUCGCCGGAGUCUUCCAUGGAUUCCAUGUGUUCGUCCCCGGAGAUGUGCUUCUCCAGCGGCCACCAGGAUAACGGCGACUUCUCCUUCGGCCUCUCGAGACGGAGCGCGGAGACAUCCGCGGCGCACAAGCAGCGCAAGCCCAAGAUGUCCACGAAGAGGCGCAUGAAGGCGAGUGAGAGGGAGAAGAUGCGGAUGCGGAGUCUUGCUGAAGCUCUCCAUCAGCUCCGGGACUACCUUCCACCGGACUACAGCAAGAGCGGUCAGCCUCUGACCAAGAUACAGACCCUCAAAUACACCAUCGAGUACAUCAAAAACCUGUCAGACCUGCUGAGUCGCGCGUAACCAGCGCUGUUGAACUUUGCACGCGCAAGGUUUCCCACCGUUUCUGGACAUUUCUAUCUUUCAACAUUGAACUGGAAAGAUGUUUAAUUUAAUUCUUGAGUGUUCCUUAAUGCCCAUUAGCUGUAUAUAUUUCUUAACGGGCACUUAUUGUGUAUAUAAUGUUGCCUGUAUUUGGUUUCUGAGAUGUUUUUAAUUGUUUUGGUAUG